AGCGAACAAUCUUUGGUCAGUAGGGAGGUCAGCUAUUGACGCUGUUGUCGGAGUCCGUCGUUAUGUUCCCGUCCUCAACGUUUCCCACAGCGCCUGGCACAAGCCGUGGACAGUGCGUUGCAUUGCAUCCGCCUUAUCCUUGCGGUCACAAUGGUCCUGCGCUCAGUGCAAGGCUGGUAAAGCCCUUGCGUGCUAUAAACAACCAGCACAGCCAUGUAGAGGAGGAACUUGUGCGUAUGCAAGCUCAGCUACUUAUUGCUCAGCAGCCACAGAAGGCGAGGCAAACCACCCAUGUGUUUCACGACACUUCUGAACAUCCGCACCAGCGUCAGCCACAACGCCACGUGCAUCACGAACCUCAGCACCACCAUGGCCUCGCGCAGCCUAUAGACGUUGCUGCAGUGCAAACGGUUCGCGAAAGCGAACUUGCCUACGCCGAUUACUCGUACCAAUACUCCAGCAACAUAGUAAACUACAAUCCUAGCAAACAGCAAAGUCAUAACCAGCAAAAUGGCCUAAUCGGAACGCCGACGACGGCGCGGCCAACCAUCUACCGCGCUCGGGUUGUUGACUAUGGGCAUCCAUCAGCUCUAUCGAAGGACUUGGUCGCUGCUCUUCAAAACGGCGAUAAGCUGCUUUUAGAGCUCCCAGAUGAGCCCGUGGCGGUGUCCAGCCUCAUGACAGCGCUGGGGCACGCCUCGGACAAGCUGCGCGCCUCAGGUCUAGCCACAGCACUGGACCCUGUGUGGGAUCCAGCCGCGCUCCUGUACGGCAACCACUCCAACGGUCAUAGCACCCCAAACUCAACACCAACCGCCCCAAACACAACCGCCAGCAGCACCACCACCACCACCCACAGCGCCCACGCCCACACCAACCCCCACCUUUCCACUUCACCCUCGGACGCCACCGGCCCCAGCCCUGGCCCCUCACGCCUGCUGCACCACCAUCACCAACACCUCCGCCCUGACGCCAUCUUCACCCUAUGCGCUCGAGCAGUCCACAUGCCACACGCAGUAUCACCAGGCCCCUCCGCGCCACCCGCACCGCCGCCUUCCCCGUCCUCCUUAACCUCGUCAGACGCCUCA